GGAAGCCUUGCUCGUGCUAUGGAUUUCCAAAGAUACACCCAUUAAGAGAGGAUGGCAUUUCGCUUGCAAGCGGCAAGAUUGUUUCUCUUGGUGGUUUCGUUCUACGCAACUUUGUUGAGUUUCUCGUUCGCCCAAGCUCAAACGCAGAAUCUGGUGUGCCCCACAGUACGAACAUCGGCACUUACACAACUCAACUGUAAAUCGCCCGCGCACAAUUGUAAUUCUGAUAAAGAGUGCCCUGAUGGAGAGAAGUGUUGCCCUUUAGGGAGUCAAUGCGAGCUUCUUUGUCGUAAAGCAGUUAAACAAGAACGCUGCGCCGCGGCCAUUGACCUAGCCAUUCUCUUGGACGCUUCUGAGGCCAUCAGUCCACAAGAAUGGUCUAAACUCCUGAAGUUCACCGCUGACCUGAUGGACUACUACGGUAUCUCCGAGGACGGGACCAGGAUUAGUGUCGCCACCUUUAGCACCGAUGUCGACAUCGUACUGUCGUUUAACGAGUUUAGCGGAGUGGAGAUGAACGCCGCGAGUGUCAAAAGGGGGAUACUAGGGGCCAAGCAGAGCAGAGGGCCUGGCCUGAGGAUUGACAAGGCAUUAAAAGCCGCGGAUAAAGACCUGUUUAACAGGAGAUUUGGGAUGAGGGAAGAUCAGAAAAAGGUCUGCCUGUUAGUGACUUCCGGUGCACAAACAAAAGACCAAGGACCCUCUACGCAGCUUGGGACCGUCACCGCCUUACUAAGCGCCAGGGGGGUCGAUAUAUAUGCUGUGGGGGUAGGGGACGGGGUUGACAGCUCUGAGCUCAGGAAUAUCGCAAGUACUGAGGAUUUCAUCUACACUGCGAGUUCAUUUGAAGAAAUCAACAAGGUUCUAGAGCCGUUUGGCACUGUGCAAUGUUCAGGAUGCAAGAAACCAUUGGACCUCGUACUAGGAAUCCCAACAUCACGAACUCUAGGCGACGACUUCAAGCAGAUAAAGCUCUUCUUUGUCAACCUGAUAGCGCUUUUUGACAUCUCCCCUAGCAAGACCCAUGUGGGAGUCAUUACUUUUAGCGAGUCUGCGCAGAUGAGCCUGCAUAUGGAUAAGAUGUACGAACCGCGCACAGUCACAAGGUUUAUCAAUGACAUCACACCGACCGGGGAUCAGAUGCGUAUUGAUCGUGCAAUCGACACCGCGGGGGAUUAUGGGUUUACAAUUUACGGUGGAGUACGACAGACGAUGCCAAAGACCUUUGUGUUGUUUGCGCCCACAAACUCUUCUAGUUCUGCGGCCGCAAACAUGAAGGCAGCGGAAAAGCUCAAAAGCUUAGGCGUGCGCCUACUGAUUGUUGGUCUUACCGCUGACAUCAACAAAGUGGAUUUUUCUUCAGUUGUAUCACAGCCCUCGCGGAAGUUUCUCUUCUCUAGUGCUGCUUAUGACGGGUUUACCUCGGUCCGCCACGAUAUGGCAUCUACUUUAUGCAAUGUGCGUUAUGGCGACAUGUGUCCGUCCCCGGCCAAAAGUCCGAGUUGCCCGAUGUUUGUCGUGAAUGAAUGUGAAUCAGACGGUGACUGUAACGAAGCAAGACUGAAAUGCUGCCUGCGAGGCUGUGCUAAGAAAUGCGUACCAAAAGUCAAAACUUGCUUUGUCCCGAUUGACGUGGCUUUUAUCAUGGACAACUCGGAAAGUGUAAGCUCUGAGAAGUACGACUUCGUCAAACGUUUUGUGAAAGAUGUCAUCAUGUCCUACGCAGAUGCAGAGAAUAGCGCAAACUUUGCUAUCGGGCAAUACGCUAAAUACUUCCAAACCGGCACCAAACGAUUUAGGAACUUUAGGUCAAUGGAAGAACUUGACGAAGUUAUUAACAGUCUUCGACAAAUGUCGAGCAGUGCCGAGAGGAAUGUCGGAGCCGGUUUACGGGGUGCUGCCAACGAAUUCUUCCAAGUAAAGAACGGUAUGAGACAAGGUUUGCCUCGGUUUUUGAUAGUGUUAGCUUCGGCAAAUCCAUCGGCAAGCUCGGAGGCCAUCGAAUCCGCUGUAGUAAAUCUUGACAAGGAAAAUGUUCGUCGGAUUGCGGUCGGGUUUACCGAGGAUGCAACGCCGGGGUUUCUCCGUAUGUUGGCGUCGGAUCCGAGUCUGAUGUUUAGGGUGGAUGAGCCGAAAAAGCUGGAUAAGGUGAUGAUGGAGCUGACUCCAAUGCUUUGCCAAGAAAAGCCAGGCCGAUGUCCACCUUCAAAGCUUCAAACCGCUAAUCAAUGCAGCCGUGUCCCCAUCCCGCCUCAGUCCCUACCGUGUGGAGAUUCCGCGCGGAAGCCUGGGCGCCUGCAGAAGGAGAAUGAUUGGGAUUGUCCGGGCGAACAAAAGUGUUGUCUGCACUCUGACGGAUGUCACUUUGUCUGCGCUGAACCGCCUGUUUCGUGCAAGAAAUCUAUGGAGAUUCUCUUUCUGGUGGAAUCCACUAAGUUUGUGGGUGAGCACGGCUUUAAUCGUGUCAAGCAUUUCAUAACACGACUAGUGGAGAAUUUCGAUGUCAGCGGUACAACCAUCACUCUUGCCAUGGCAACGUACGCUGACUCUGCCCAGCCCGUGGUACAGUUCAGUGACUCUGCGGCUUGGAGGAAAGCGGAGUUUCAAAAGGCUGUGCAAGGUGCCUUGUUCUUAGGGGAGGGGAGGGUGCGGACCGCCGAGGCGCUGAAAUUCGCCGACAGAAGGAUCUUCACAUCCCGCUUUGGCUCACGGGAAGACAUCAAGAAGACAAUAGUCCUGAUCGGUUCCGGUCGCUUUGAAGAGGCUGGAUUGGCGGUGGCGAUCGCAGAGAAACUGUACGGCGAAGGAAUCAACCUCGUGGCUGUUGCUAUUGGCAACAGUCCUGACUUUCCGGCGCUGGGGCGAUUGGUCGUGAACGAGCGCCAUGAGGUCUUUCCUAUCCGCUCAGAGACAGCGCUCGAAGGACAACGCAGACCCCUUGUGACCGCCAUAUGUGUCGGAGGGAUGAAAGAUUAUAUCGUGAGUAGAUAUUAACUUAUGGGUAUGUAUGCUGUUAUAUCUUUAAACAGAGCCGUAGCAGGUCACAUUAGAUUGGGGGGGAGUGGGGGGCACAAUAAAAACAUUAAGAAAAUAUUGGGAGGGCACAGUCACCAACUACUGGUCAUUUCCUCAUAAUUUUUGAAAGUAUUGUGGAGGGAAGGGGCACAUGCCCCCACCCCCUACUACGGCCCUGUUAAAUCCCCUCACUGGUUUUGCUGGUAAAUACAGUAAAAGCGGAUAACGAAUUUCUCCUUAUGACCGGUAUGGAAGGAAGAAUUGUCUGAAAAUUUCAGACAAGUUUGAUGAUUCUUAUAUAUGUUGUCACUGUCCUUGAUCCAUGUUCGUAGUUAUCUGCUCUUUUGUGAUUACAUUACUGUUAUUACGUUACCUUCUCGUGUUGUUUUGGGAGUAUUACUUUACAGGUUUACGACAAGAAACGCAGAUAAAGCGAACCAAGAGAUUAAAAUUUGAAAUUUAGAGGACAACCGUCUUAAAGAAGGUCGAUCAAACACUCCUUUGUUAUGGUUUAUAUUUGAAAAUACAACGGUUUAUUCGCAAGGAAACUUCAAAAUAACAAUCUACGAAUGAAGUAUGAUCCGGUAUAGAUUGAACAUUUUUACUUUUAAAUUGUUACUCGCUUGAAUUAGCCGAUGGAAAUAGAUGUUAUCUAUUGCGUAAACAAUAAAGCGUAAUUUGUCAUGAA